AUGCAGAAACAGAAGGAGCUCCUCCAAUCUGCUAUUAAAGCGGCCGAAAGGGCGAAGCAAGACGUGCUUUUGGGCGAGAACAAUCCAAAAAGUAGGAACCGACAUCUCCUCUACAAUUACUUCCAAUGCUUGCAUCAGCGCUUCGAGGCCGCCAGAGAUUACGAGGAAAUAGUCCGCGAGCAGAUGUACCACAUCAAGAGCCUCAUCUCUGAUGUUAACAAAAUGGGCGAGACAGUACACAGCAUCAAGCAAGAGUCCUCUGCCUCGCCACUGAGUAUGUCGGAAGAACAGGGAUCCGAUAUGGAGAAGGCCACAGAACAAGUCUAUUCUGCUUUUUAUACAAUGGUCCGCAAGGCCGAGGAGAUCGACAAUCGUCUUGAUAACAUCGCUGAGCGCGAGCAGGAAGCAGAUGCACUGGAGCAAGACCUCGACGAUCGUGAAGAGGAGCUCGAUAGCUGGGAGACGGACCUGCAGGCGCGCGAGAGCGUGAUGGCCGAGCGUGAAGAACGGUUAGACCGUUCGAGGCAACGCUUGAAGCGACGCCGGCCAGAUCGUAAGGGCAUCCGGCGAGCGCCAGUGGAGGCCUGCGAGGAAGACAAUUGGGAAGGAGUGGGCGUAAGAGCUCUUCCGUGGCGACAGGAAUCGCCACCACGAGAUCUCGUCGGAUUGUGGCUAAGGCAAACUGCUCUGGUAGCGCAGUCGAUCAUGGAUGACGGCAGUCCUCUUCCAACAGUAUGUGACCCGAUCAAUUGA